UCCCAUGGUGGGGACUGGCCUUCUGUAGGCCUUUCGGUCUGCGCCGGAGGGCAGGCCUGCGUGAGCUCCCGCGGCCGCACACGAUGGAGGGAGUGGAGCAGGGCCUGCUCACACAGCCAUGGGCAUGGCUGCAGCUCGGCGGGAAUGCACUCUUGGCCAAGGCUUACGUCACCCGCCAAGGUUAUGCCUUGCUGGUUUCAGACCUUCAACAGGUGUGGCAUGAGCAGGUGGACACCAGUGUGGUCAGCCAGAGAGCCAAGGAACUGAACAAGCGCCUGACUGCUCCCCCUGCAGCUUUUCUCCGUCAUUUGGAUGAUCUGCUUCGCCCCUUGUUGAAGGAGGCUGUUCACCCCAGUGAAGCUACUUUCUCCUGCGAGCGUGUGACAGAAGCCCUGAUUCUGCGGGUCCGGAGUGAGCUAUCUGGUCUCCCCUUCUAUUGGCAUUUCCACUGUAUUCCAGCUAGUCCUUUCCUGGUCUCUCAACAUUUGAUUCGUCCUCUGCUGGGCAUGAGUCUGGCCUUGCAGUGCCAGGCGAAGGAGCUGGCGGCCCUGCUCCGCAUAAAGGACCUAGAGAUCCAAGACUAUCAGGAGAGCGGGGCUGUGUUGAGCCGAGGUCGAUUGAAGACUGAGCCAUUUGAAGAAAAUUCUUUCUUGGAACAGUUUAUGGUUGAGAAAUUACCAGAGGCAAGUAACAUUGGUGAUGGAAGGCCUUUUGCCAUGAAUCUUCAGAGUCUGUAUGUAGCAGUGACCAAACAGGAGGUCCAAGCAAGGCAGAAGCAUCAAGACAUGGCAGAGAAUCGGACCUCCAGCAGUGCCUCCCCCCAAGAAACUGAUAGCCAAGUUAGGAAACAGCCAGAACAGCCUGUCCCCUCAGCUUCAGUCCUCUCAGCACCUGAACCUGAGGCCAUGGGUCCUUCAGGCUUUAUGCAGAAAUCUCUGCUGUCAAAGGCCAAAAGGAAGAAGCAGCAGCCAAGGGGGCUCUUCAGUUAACCUGCCAUGGUCUUAGCCACUGAAAAUGGAAGAGAAUAGCUGCCUGGCGUCAUGUGGAAAGGAGCUUGCAUGGCAGAGUAUCUCUCAAACAGAGUUGCCAACUGUCAGAGCCAGAGAACAGGCAUCUGAAUGGCGAUAGUUCACUGAGGGGAGCUUGACUUCAGCUCACUGGCAUUGCCUGCCCUGUGUGGGUGGAAGCCAGGCUGUCUUUCAGUAAAGACUUUCUUCCCCCUAGUCUCAGCACACUGUAGUGGACUUGAUGGAUUGUAUCUUUCUGCAAACAUGCUUUAUAUACCUAUGGUCAGAAAGCCUGUCUACCAUUUUCAGGGGUCCCUCUCCAGCACCAGAUGCUCCUUAGAGAUCCAUUUCUCUCUGUAGUAUUGUAAUAAAAGGCACACAACUCCCCUGCA